AUGGCACGGCUAGACCUUUUCUCAAAUGGAAAUGACAUAGAUGAGCCAAACUGUUACGACAGUGAUUCAAAAUCUGAUCACUCCAACAAGUAUGAAGAAAAGGAUAUUCAGAUGAACAAUUUGAGAGAAGAGAUAAAAAAUAUGUUGAAUUCCAUGGGAGAUGGAAGGUCAAGUGUGUCACCCUAUGACACAGCUUGGGUUUCCUUUAUUGAAGAUAGUAAUACUAAUAUUAAUGGAACAAGCAAGAUACCCCUAUUUCCAUCUUGUCUUCAAUGGAUUAUAGACAAUCAACUUGAUGAUGGUUCAUGGGGAGAAGAGCUUGUUUUUUGCAUAUAUGAUAGGCUCUUGAAUACACUUGCAUGUGUGGUUGCAUUAACCUUAUGGAACACUUGCCUUCAUAAAAGAAACAAAGGAGUGAUGUUUAUCAAAGAGAACUUAAGUAAGCUAGAGGGAGGGGAAAUUGAAAACAUGACUAGUGGCUUUGAGUUUGUGUUUCCUGCACUCCUUGAGAAAGCUCAACAAUUACACAUUGACAAUAUUCCAUAUGAUGCUCCUGCCUUUAAGGAUAUUUAUGCAAGGAGAGAAGUAAAGUUUACAAGAUUUCCUAAAGAACUCAUCCAUACCAUUCCAACAAUAGUAUUGUUUUCAUUAGAAGGAUUAAGGGACUUGGACUGGCAAAGGCUUUUGAAGCUUCAAAUGGAGGAUGGCUCAUUCUUAACAUCCCCAUCAUCUACUGCCAUUGCAUUUAUGGAAACAAAUGAUGAAAAGUGCUUGACAUUUCUUCAAAAUGUUGUUCAAAAGUGCAAUGGAGGAGUUCCAUGUAGUUACCCAGUUGACAUACAAGCAAGACUUUGGGCAAUUGAUCGAUUACAACGCCUAGGAAUCUCUUAUUAUUUUGAGGAAGAAAUUAAGGACCUUUUAGAAUAUGUUUUCAGAUAUUGGGACAAGGAGAAUGGAUUUUUUUCAUCAAGGAAUUCAAAUAUUUGUGAUGUUGAUACUACCUGCAUGGCUAUUAGGUUACUAAGGCUAUAUGGGUUUGAUGUUAGUCCAGAUGUGCUAAACAAGUUCAAAGAUGGUGAUGAAUUCUUUUGCCUAAGAGGUGAAUCCAACAAGUCAGCAACAGUUAUGUUUAAUCUCUAUAGAUGUUCUCAAGCUUUAUUCCCUGGAGAAAUGAUUCUUGAAGAGGCAAAGAAUUUUACAUACAAUUUCUUGCACCAAUAUCUUGCAAACAAUCAAUCCAAAGACAAAUGGGUUAUAGCUAAGGACAUCCCUGGGGAGAUACAAUAUGCACUAGAAUUUCAAUGGUAUGCUAGUUUACCUCGAGUGGAAUCUAGGCUAUACAUUGAUCAAUAUGGUGGAGCAAAUGAAAUUUGGAUCGGCAAGACAUUAUACAGAAUGCCAGAUGUGAGCAACAAUGUUUAUUUAGAAGCUGCAAAACUAGAUUACAACAGAUGUCAAAGUCAACAUCGCUUAGAAUGGCUGAUUAUGCAAGAGUGGUUUGAGAAGUGCAACUUUGAACAAUUUGGAAUAAGCAAAAAGGAAGUCCUAGUUUCUUAUUUCUUAGCUGCUUCAAGUAUAUUUGAGGUGGAGAAGUCAAGACAACGACUUGCAUGGGCUAAAUCUCGUAUACUAUGUAAGAUGAUUACAUCUUACAUAAAUAAAGAGGCUACAACUUGGAAUUCAUUGUUGAUGGAGUUCAAGAACUAUAGUGACAUGAGUAGAAAAAAAAGUAAUGAGACAAAAGAAAUCAUAGUUCUCAAUAAUCUUUGUCAAUUUUUGCACCAACUUGCAAAAGAAACUUAUCAAGACCUAGGCAAAGACAUCCAUCACCAACUACACAAUGUUUGGGAAGAGUGGUUGGAGGAAAACAAUACUACCUGUCAAGAAGCAGCAGUGUUGCUAGUGAAAACAAUUAAUCUUUCUUCUGGCCAUAUGACACAUGAUGAGAUAUUAUCCAAGCACACCAAUAAAGUCUGUCACAUGCUUAAUGAGUUCCAAAAUGACCAGAUUUCAAAUUCCUCAAAGGCCAGAGACAUUGAAUUUCACAUGCAAGCUCUUGUAAAGUUAGUGUUCAGUAACACCUCCUCAAACAACAUUAAACAAACAUUCUUUGCAGUUGUUAAGACUUUUUAUUACACUGCACAUGUUAGUGAGGAAACAAUCAACCAUCACAUAUCCAAAGUGCUUUUUCAGAAAGCCUAGUAACACCUCAAGCACCAGAUAGAAGAUCAGAAAAAGGAAUAGUCACCCUAUGGAUGAAAGAUUGUGUGAUGUUUAUG